UCCCGCGGGAACAGUAUGCGCAUAUAGGCUCCAUAAGACGAGACGAGUCCUUUCGUCUGCAGAUCAACGACGGCAGAGGCACUGGCAUGCUCAUUUGAUGCCGAAAUGCUCGGGCUCCCAGCAGAGCUUCUCGGAAGCGGAAGUCCAGGCAGCAAACUAGGCCUGAAGCCAUCAAAGGAGAUAAGGCUCAUUUGCAGAAUAGUAUUCCCUCAUCUGCAAUCGCGGGUGAGAAGCGCAAACGAGCCACGUUGGCGUCGCGACAGCCCCCCUCCGCCAAGACGAACAUCAAUCCCGCAAGCACUGCAGUCCCCGAACAUCCAAGGGCGUACGCUGUCGACCGUGGUGGCGAUAUCAACUGUCCAUGGCCUGGUUGCUCCCACAGCUCCAGCGCGCUGCAGAUGCGCCGCCACCUCUCCCAGAAGCACAGGUGUGAUGCAUCAUGUUGCUACUGGCCGGGGUGCCAGGCAAGCAAUUUUUCUUCAGCGGCGAGGCACAUUGAAGAUCAUCACCUCAAGAUUGAGUGGGUUUGUCCCGCUUGCAACAGUACCUUCAAGAGCGAGCGGUCGGGGAACAGGCAUAUCCUCCAAUCUUGCGAGGCGUGGCAGCGUGUCGAUGUCGAGGAGAUCAAGGAGAAUUUGGCUAGUGAUGACAACGUCAGCGAUCGAUACCAAGCGAGUUAAAAUCCUUGGAGAACGAGAGGGUGGUCGACAAGAUGCCGACUAGACGUAGAAGGAUAUAAUUCUCAAAAUUUUGAAUGCGUGAUUAGAUUUAUACCGCUUCAUUGCCCCACUCACUUUAAUGUCUUGUGUAUUACUUGAACUUUGCGUUGUAUAUUAGCUCAGUUUGCUCGGCCUUCUCACAAAACCAAAUCAUUAGUAACAGAACC